GCACGUGGGAAGACACGCAAGUGGGGAAGCCGGAGCUGAGACUGGUGCUCGUUGGUAAAAGUGGGAGUGGGAGAAGUGCAACGGGAAACACCAUCCUCGGGUGGCCAGCGUUCGAGUCGCAGCUGUCGCCGCAACCGGUGACGCAGACGUGCGCGAGGGCGAGGACCGAGUGGCAGGGCAGGCGCGUGGUGGUCAUCGACACCCCGGCCAUCUUCGGCACGCUGCGGCCCGGCCAGAAUUCCUACCAGGAGAUCGCUCGCUGCCUGCUGCUGUCCGCGCCGGGCCCCCACGUGCUGGUGCUGGUGACCCAGUUGGGCCGAUACACGGAGGAGGACAAGGUUGCUGCAGAGGACAUCUGGCGCAUCUUUGGGCAGGAGGCCAAGGGGCGCACGAUCGUCCUCUUCACCCGUAAGGAAGACUUGGGAGGCGGCUCCUUAGAUGAAUAUGUGACGGGCACCGACAACGCGGCUCUCCAGAGGCUGGUUCAAGGCUGCAGGAAGCGGUACUGUGGUUUUAACAACAGGGCGACUGGAGCAGAACGGCAUGAGCAGCCCACGGAACUGCUGGAGCUCGCCCAGAGCGUGGUGGAGGCGAAUGGAAAUUCCCAUUACACAAUCCCACUCUACUCCCAG